AUGCCGAUUCUUCCUCCAAUUUUACAACCCCAGAUCGUUGAGAGACGUCACAAAGGCGCUCUGGGGCCAGACGCGCCAAACGCGCUAGGUCACGUGCAAGCUAGGAAUCCCCUCUGGCUUAGGUUUGCACCACAACAUCGAAACUGCGCGCCCCCUCCAAAAAAGAAAGAGAAGGCCGAGACAAGCAGAAGCAUGGGCGUGUGCCCCCAGAUGCAAUUACUUGGUAAAAGGACGCCGUUGAGAAAUAAUGCCACCACAAGCAGCGCCCACGAAUAAUGGCUUGCCCUCCCCAUCAUCGCCGGCAAACAUUAAAGACAGCAUUGACAGGGAAAAAGCCCAAAAAGCCCAAACAUCCAUCCUCGAGAAGUGGUCGCUGGCCUCCCUGCACGAGAUUCUCCCUCGCGACCUAAAUCCUCCAUUUUGGGGCAAGAAUCUACUCGUGUCGCUGCUCACCCUCGCUGGGCAGAAGCCGCUCGACCAAGCAAAAACCCUCCUUCUCGACCAGAUCAAGCGACGCCUCCACGACACGUCAAGCUUGCGCCGGCUGCCCGUCAACCAGAGCGAAUUCCUCACUAUUGGCGACGUACACGCCAUCCUCGAGUCCUUGACCGCUGACAAGGUGUCUUCAGACUCGGAACCGGUGGCCGAACUGUCGGUAAGCGCGGGCCCUCGCCAACUAAUUUUGUUUCCCCCCUCCUUUUUCUUUGUUCUCGUUACCCACGCACGCUCGGAUCAACCAAGACUCUGACUCUGUCUUUCGCGCUCUAUAGAUCGUUGUCUGUGGCUCUGUCGAAUCGUCAGCCGAAGAAUCCUCGCACGUCGGAACCGAUGGCGCCGUGAGCUCUUCCGAAGACGAACCGCUGGCGCAAUCUCA